UCGCACUCAGCGGCCCAGAGCCCUCUCGCGGCCGCGGCGGCAGCAGCGCCAGCCGCAGCCUCAUCCUCAUCUGCAGCCGCAGCCGCAGCCGCAGCCGCAGCGCCUGCCCGGCCGCCGCCGCCGCCGCCUCGCUCUCCAGUCACCCGACCCGACAUGAGUGAGGCGGGUCGGGCGCCCUCGCGUGCCGCGUCUCCGGCGGUGGCGGCGGCCGCGUCGGAGGAGAAGAAAAGCAAAGAGCCGGAGCGAGAGAAGCUGCCGCCCAUUGCGACGGCGAACGCUGGAGCCGCCGCGGGUUUGGACAGAGGAGCCAAAGGUCACAUUUCCACUUUUAGCAGCAUUGUUACAACUGUUAAUCAGAAGAAAGAAGCUGCUGAAAAUAGAAGUUCACCUACACAUCUUGUUUUCCCUAACAUCAAGAAUGUGAGAGACUUACCACCCAUUUGCCUUGAUGUUAGACAGAAACAACGUCUCUCUAUAGAUGCAUUAUCAUCUGAAAUAAAGGCCCCAGUUCUUCCAGAGCCUGUCCUUCCUACCCAGCCCAAAACUAUGAAAGAUUUUCAGGAACAUGUAGAAAAAGUUAAGUCCUCAGGAGACUGGAAAGCAGUACAUGAUUUUUAUCUAACAACAUUUGAUUCAUUCCCAGAACUAAAUGCUGCAUUUAAGAAAGAUGCCACUGCCUCAUUUAAUACCAUCGAAGACUCUGGGAUUAAUGCUAAAUUUGUGAAUGCUGUAUAUGAUGCCUUACUUAAUACUCCUCAAGACAUUCAGAAGACAGUAUUAAAGGGAAUCAUUAACAGCCUGUUACGAGAAUGGAAAGGUCCACGAACAAAAGAUGAUCUUAGAGCAUAUUUUAUACUUUUACAGAAUCCUCAAUUUAAUAAUACAUCUACAUAUGUCAUCUAUGCUCACUUGCUGCGACAGAUAACUACCUUAGUGGAAGCUGACCAUCAUUUCCUAAUUCACUGGUUUAAAAAAUUAUCCCAGAAGAGGUUCAAACAAUUGGUAGAGAGAUUGCUGCAAUUUAUUUCUUUACGCCUAUUUCCUGCAAAACCUGAAGAAUUCCCACCUAUAACAAAGUGUUCCUGGUGGAUCCCAUCAGCAUCUAAAGUGUUGGCUUUACUUAAUACUGCAAACAAUUUGGUUCACCCUCCCCUUAUACCUUAUACUGAUUUCUAUAAUUCUACACUGGAUCACAUUGAUCUCAUGGAAGAAUACCACACCUGGCAGAGCUUUGGAAACUCUCACAGCAGGUUUUCCUUCUGUCAGUAUCCAUUCGUUAUUUCUAUUACUGCAAAAAAAAUUAUCAUUCAGAGAGACUCAGAACAACAAAUGAUAAGCAUCGCAAGGCAAAGUCUGGUGGAUAAAGUAUCUCGAAGACAAAGACCUGACAUGAAUAUGUUAUUUCUAAAUAUGAAAGUAAGGCGGACACAUCUGGUUAGCGAUUCACUUGAUGAGUUAACCCGGAAAACAGCAGACUUGAAAAAGAAGUUAAAAGUUACAUUUGUAGGAGAAGCUGGUUUGGAUAUGGGUGGUUUGACCAAAGAAUGGUUCCUUCUUCUAAUUCGCCAAAUUUUUCAUCCAGAUUAUGGCAUGUUUACAUAUCACAAGGAUUCACACUGCCAUUGGUUUAGCAGCUUUAAAUGUGAUAACUAUUCUGAAUUCCGAUUGGUUGGAAUUCUUAUGGGACUAGCUGUUUAUAACAGCAUUACCUUGGAUAUUCGUUUUCCACCCUGCUGUUACAAGAAAUUACUGAGCCCUCCCAUCGUUCCUAGUGAUCAAAACACACCAGUAGGCAUCUGCAGUGUUACCACUGAUGACUUGUGUCAAAUUAUGCCUGAGUUGGCACACGGGUUAAGUGAACUCCUGUCAUACGAAGGCAAUGUGGAAGAAGAUUUCUAUUCAACAUUCCAGGUUUUUCAAGAAGAAUUUGGAAUAAUUAAGUCCUAUAACUUAAAACCAGGUGGUGAUAAAAUCCCAGUUACCAAUCAAAAUAGGAAAGAAUAUGUACAGCUUUAUGUUGAUUUUCUUCUUAACAAAUCAAUCUACAAGCAGUUUGCUGCAUUUUAUUAUGGAUUUCAUAGUGUGUGUGCUUCAAAUGCCCUAAUGCUACUUCGUCCAGAAGAAGUUGAAAUCUUGGUGUGUGGAAGUCCUGAGCUGGAUAUGCACGCACUGCAGAGAAGCACUCAGUAUGAUGGCUAUGCAAAAACUGACUUAACUAUCAGAUAUUUCUGGGAUGUCGUACUUGGAUUUCCUCUUGAUCUUCAAAAGAAGCUGCUACAUUUUACUACAGGCAGUGACAGAGUGCCUGUAGGUGGAAUGGCUGAUUUGAACUUUAAAAUCUCAAAGAAUGAAACUUCUACUAACUGGUUGCCAGUGGCUCACACCUGUUUCAAUCAACUUUGCCUCCCCCCUUAUAAGAGCAAAAAGGACCUAAAACAGAAAUUAAUCAUUGGAAUUUCAAAUUCAGAAGGUUUUGGACUUGAGUAACCUAGAAGACUUGAAACAUAUUUUAUAUGUAGCAUUCACUACCCUAUUCUUGUGCCUUUAAUCUUUUCAUGUUUCUGUCUCAAAACACCUUUGACAAAGGUCACCAACUUUAAAAUACUAAUUUUUUUCUAUUCAAAUACAAAAUAUGUUCAAGUGGAAGAGGCAUGAUUUCCAGAAAGCACAGGGAUUGCUUACUGAGGAAAGACCAGAUGGCAAAAACAGGUAUGAGUCCAGUCCCUCUUUUUUGCAGCACUUUAUGGUUCUUCAGAAGUAGUUUGUCAUAACUGUUCCAGUAGGAAAUCAGAGUGCAGUAAAGGAAACAUCAGUGGCACAGUGGAGCCCAGUGGCAACAUCAUUGGUUACAUUAUCAUUAAUGUCAGACGUGUAGCCAUAUUUUCUUAUAGAGGUAAACAACAGUUUAAUUGCAAAUGCAAUUUAUAGGGUUUUUUGAUAAUACUGGCUUUGGUCCUCUAAGAUUUUUUUUCAGCUGUUGCUGAACACCAUGUAAAUAACAACAUCAUAGCCUGAGAAUAAUGGGAUUUUGAUAGUGUCAUUUAUUGCUAAAGAUUUAUUUUUACAAAGUAAAUUCAGGGUUUUAGAUGUGUGUACAGCUUUUACAACUCACUAAAGAUGAUUGUACAAGAGUGUAAUUAUUUUCCGACUAACUGGACUUGAGGUAAUAUUCUUUUAAGUAUUAUUGUUAGUCUGCAUGCACACUGGCAGUAAACUAGUUACUUUGAAUACUCUGUAAUAUUUGUAUAAUGAUAAUUUCUUCUUAAGGGUCAGAAUACUACAAAGGAAAUCAGAUCUAAUUGAUAAAUUUAGUGAAUUACAAGCACAAAAGAAAAGAAACUUUUUAUAUAUACUUUGAUUGAUGUACAAGGCUUAUUUCUAGUAUUUUUGAUCACCAAUUAUAUUUAAAUACUAACUUUUGGAAAAUUUAGAAUAUUUGACAAAAGUGAAUACAGUAAUAACAUUUGUGUCAAAAUGCUAUAACUCAGUAUAAAAAUAAAAGUUCAGCAUUUUGGCCAUCUUGUUUGUUUUCACUGGAUUCUGAAUAUGACAAAUUCAAAGCUACCCUUUAUAGAAUUUCUAAUAAAAUAGCAUGUAAAAAAGAAAUUGCAUUUUAAGUCAGAUAGUAAAUGGUUUUCUUUUUAAUUCAUAGCAAAUGAAGCAGUUUUAUUAGCAUGUUAUAAGUAUUUCCAGAUUCAGACUUCUCUAUUUGUACUUUAAUAGCUUUCUGUUAGAAAACUCUGAAGACAGAGUUGCAAUAAUAAUGAAGCCAGCAUUUAGGACCAGCAUAUGGUUCACACGCAAAUAAUACUUCUCCCCAAUUUUUUCUGAGUUACCACAGUUUCCUAUUGCUAUGUUUCCUACACCCAACCAGCAGAAUUCUUUCAGGGUGGAGGAACUAAUCAGCUUGUACUAUAGCUCUGAAACCAAUCCAGAAAUCCUUGAGGAAAAGGAGUUACUU